AUGGCCGCCCCAAGCGGCUCAGGAGACUCACCAGUCAACAAUUACAACAUCGCCAACAAUGCCGGCGCAAAUGCCGACCUUUUGCACUCGCUGAAUAAACUUUCGCUGUCGGCCACCGACUCGAGAUCACCUUCACGGUCAUCCUCCACCUCGCCAAAUCCCGCCGCGCGUGCACUUUCUCGCUUGGAUCGUUUGGCUAUCGCUUCCUCCCCCAGCCGAACCUCUGCACCUCGAAGUCCAAGUGCCCUCUCGGUUUCCAGUCCGCACGCCCGUUCGGUUUCGAGCCCUUAUGCCCAAAGCCCCUCGAGAUCAGGCACCCCGUCCCUUCUGCGCAAAAGUUCCACCAGCUCGCUGCGUUCCGCUAAUGGCACCACCCCGAACCACGCUUCAUCCAGAAGAUCGAGCUCCGCACUGCUUUCGCCAGCUGGUGCUAGAACAUCCAUCUAUGGCACCUCUCCGAACAUCCUUGAAGUAGAGGAAAGAUCACAAAAGACGGAGAAUUCUGUUGCGCAAGAGUACUUUGCGAGGGAGCUUCUGUACCACCACAUCUCGGACGACGCUCCCGCACCAAAAUCGGAGACCCUUGUGAUCCUGCAGGAUGCCUGUUACAAGCACAGGUUUCAGCGGCCUUUCACGGGCAAGGGCAAUCUGGGCACCAUAGUCGAGCGACCAGAGAGACUGCAGGCUGUGUACACCGGAGUUGCUAUGGCAUAUGUACGGCUGGGUGAGCGGCACGAGGAUGGGAGGACUCCGAUUGGUGCAGAUGCCGACCCAUCGACUAUGCAGGUUCCAUUCGAUAUUCGAAAAACGGAUCGCAAAAUACCACUCGACUCCCCCGUGGUCACGAAUGUACACGGUGCCAGGUGGAUGGAAGAGCUGUUGAUGAUUUGUGGAUCGGCCAAGUCCAAAUUGGACGCUGGUACUCUUGAGAUUGAACGGCCAGAUAUAGACCGAGGCCACGGUGCCAAGGAUCCCACACCAUUCCAUAGGGGCGACCUCUACCUCUCGCCUGAAUCGCUCUCGGCUUUCGAGGGUGCCAUAGGCGCAACUUGUGAAGCGGUUGACGCCGUCUUCUCCGACUCGGCCACCAAACGUGCCUUCGUGGCUGUGCGGCCGCCCGGCCAUCAUUGCGACGCCAGCUUUCCUCAUGGGUUUUGCUGGCUGAACAAUGUCCAGGUCGGCAUCAUGCAUGGCUUCAUGAAUCAUGGCCUGACACAUGCCGCCAUAAUAGACUUUGAUCUCCAUCAUGGAGACGGAUCCCAAGACAUCACUUGGGAUUACAACUACAGAAAACACUGGGCCAAGGGCAAUGCUGCUCAGUGGAAGAAGAACAGCAUUGGUUAUUUCAGUGUGCAUGAUAUCCAGUCAUACCCGUGUGAGCAAGGCGACCAAGACACCGUUAAGAAAGCUAGUCUUUGCAUUGAGGACGCCUUCUCCCAGACUAUCUGGAACGUACAUCUACAGCAGUGGAAAGACCAUACCGACUUCUGGUUUCAGUACCGCACCCGCAUCGUUGCCGUGUUAGACAAGGCUCGUGCUUAUCUGCGACGCGAAGCAGACAAGUUCAGAGCAGCGGGUCAGGAGCCUAAAGCUGUUAUAUUCUUUUCUGCAGGCUUUGAUGCCAGCGAGUUUGAGUCGCCCGGCAUGCAGCGACAUCAUGUCAAUGUUCCUACCGAAUUCUAUGCACGCAUCAGCCGUGACGUGGUUAAGAUGUCGUUUGAAGAAGGGCUGGCUGUAGAUGGUCGCAUUGUGAGCUGCCUCGAAGGUGGCUACAGCGAUCGCGCCUUGUAUUCGGGUGUAUUGUCUCAUUUAAGUGGCCUUGCCGGAGGUGACGUUCGUGCGAAGGAGGACGCAGCCGGUGGUCUCAACCGUAGUGGUAGCCAUCGCCGUAUCGGUUCGACCGCAAGCCCCCUUAGUCGUCGCAGCACCUUGUCGUCUUCUGAUUCUGACGCCAGAAGUAAGGUCGCUGGUUUCCCAUAUGAGUCGUCAUGGUGGACUGCAUCCGAACUCGAUCGACUGGACGCCGUGCGGGCGGCACCUGUAGUUCAGCCUCGUAUUGUACGCAAUGUUGCUACGCCUACCUACUGUUCACCGACGCAAUCUUCCAAUGCAAAGGUGUCGGAGCUUGCCAAGGCUCGACGCACCGUGUCAGGGUUUUCGAGCCCGAGCGCAGUUCAACAGACCUAUAUCAGAGCUCCAUCGCCACCGCCCCCUGCUGUUUACUGGCCCAUAGCUAGCCUUGAACUCAGCAGACUUCUCAUUCCUUCUGACAGUCAGGUGGCUAGCUUCACGUGGGAGGAAAUGAAAAUAGAGGAGACUCGAAUCAAGAAAGAGCAGAAAGAGCAGAAAGAACGCGAGAGACUGGAGAGGCUAGGAGUGUCUAGCAGCCCGAUCGACGGUGAGAUUGACAUGUCUAAUGUGCCUGUUGUUCGGAAGAGUGGUCGCGAGCGCAAGCCUGUCUCUUACACUGAGCCUGAAGACCCCAAUAAGAACAGGCGAAGGACGGUUGCAGGCGCUGCAGUCAUCGCCACCGACAAGGCUACUGCGCGUGGUAUUCCAACAAACGCGGGUGCUAAGCAUACCCGUUUGCCUAGCCGACGACUUAGUGCAUCUUCAGCUAUGAGUAUUGCUAUUGUCGAUGCUGCUAUACCGCCCCCACCAGCAGAGACUUUCACGUCAUUUGACGCGUUUGAGCGCCCUGGAACCGCUCAAACCGUGCGACCUGAUUCCUCCCUCAGCAUGAGAACUACUACUGGGCCCGUUCCUGUGAAGAAGACGAGGCCCACAGCAGUCCGAAAAGACAGCAAUAAAUCUGCGACGACGAGCGCAAGGAAGCCAAGAACAACCGCGCCCAAGGCAGCAAGUAAGACGAAAGUCAAAGAUUCAACCGCUACGGCAACAUCAUCUAGGCGUUCAAGCAGACCCUCUAGCCCUGCGCACGCCAAGCAUGCGGGAGAGGGCCCUGGUCCAUCCAAUGGAGAAUCUUCUGCAGCGCCCCCAGAUGGAAAUGACCUUGCUGGAAUCACUAAUGGUAUGAAGAAAAUCAAAAUCAACAUCAUUACAAAGGAGAUGAAAGAGGCACGAAACAAAGUUGCGAAGGACAAGGAUUCGGCAAUUAGCACACCUGCCACAGAACAGCCUACACAAUUCCCUAUCACACCAAAGGCUGAGGAAGAAGAGGCCACAACGCCACCGCAGCCUUCGCAGGACCUCCGAGCCACACUACCUCCGGCAGCAUUGCAGCAGCCUGAGCCAAUACCUCUCGUCCCGAAUAAAGAGACCGAACUACCAUCUCGGCAGCCUACCCCAAUUGCCUCUGCUGAUCUCACUCUGUCGCCUGGAACGCCUGCUGUCAGUGUGCCCCAAGACUCACACCUCUUCAUUCCUUAUCAACCUGAAGGUGCAACUCCGCAGCCUCUGCCACAAACUGCACCAACCAAAUGGAUGGCGCCAAACACCAUAGAGACGCCUACUGGGUUCCGCGGUCAUAACUUCACCGCUACCUCAGCCAUUCCCUUCUCGCCGGCGAAGCGCCAGCAUGUUUCCACUCCUAUGCCAGCUGGAGGUAGAUACCUCCCACAGAUGUCUCAGCAAGCUGUGUUUGCUGGCGAUUUCAUUCCUUCGCCCGAGAAGGAGGCCUCGGAUGACUUCCACGCUGCCUCGGAUUUCAAAGGCGAGAUGACCCCGCAGACUCGCGCUGAUAACAGAACCUAUCACCCUUCAACUGAAAUUCCGGAGACCCCUGGAAAUCGCUUCUAG